GAGAGAGAGAGAGGCAGCUGCGCAGCAGCUGGAGGGUAGAAGGGUACAGGCAGCAAUCCUAGUGUUCCUGCAGCAGCUGAGGCCGGAGAGAGAGAGCCAGCAUUGGACUCUGGGAGAAGAGCCAGCAGCCAACCCCGCCUGAGGGACCGGAUCACCUACAGCCCUAACCCCAGUAAGGACAGACAUCAAGGCAGACAGACUAUCGGGGUACCAGGGUGGUAGGAAGCAGCCCAGGGCAAGGGGUUGCUAUCACAGCUCCGCUCAUUGAUCCAGCUCAGACUGAAGAGAAGCAAAGGAGAGAGACGGCUCCGGGCACAGUAAUGCUGCUGUUACAGACCAGACACUGCCCCUAAGUUGGGGAUGAAUGGAUCACACUGCGAUUGAGAACCCUAGAAGGGACAGGAUGGCAAUGACCUAUUAGAUCAGUGGGGUCAGGCUUUGGCCAGGGCAGGAUUGUCCCCGACUAGGACAUGCUGUUUUUGUGGCAGGCGGUGCCAUCGACUGCGAGAGGAGUGGAGCAUUGAUUAAGACAGCACGGGGGGAUGGGAGAGUCCCUCACACACACUCUCCACAUGCACACGGCAUCAGCAUCAACAGCUUCUGCCAGCCAGUACAGCACAGCCAGACUGCACUCGCUGCCUCGGUACCUCCAGAGCCGCUCUCCUCCGCCUCCUCCACCUCCUCCUCCUCUCCCCUGGUCUGUCUUUCUCUCCCUCGCUCCCUCGCGCUGAGCUCCCCAUCAGCCCCUGCAGGACCCGUCCGCUCGCCAUUUGGGCCCCACCAGCACGGAGACAAUGAAUUCAUGCGGAUUAUGCAUCUGAAGGAAUAACACGCUUCUGAAUAGCCACAAGGGGAGGUAUCCAUGUGUUUGGCAGGGAUACAGACGCCUGCUCGCUCGCUUUCUCAAUUGCUCUUCUCUCCCUUCAGCUGCCUCCUUUCCAGCUAUGAUCGCCUCUGAUUUCCCUGAGCAGCUGCAGUGAACCGGUGCCUUGGUGCAGCCCAGAUUGCCCAGGAUCGCCCCCCUCCCGCCGAAGGGACUUGAGGGGUGAGGGUUAUUUUUAUUUCUCUCCUUCUUUUUCCGGUUUUCCUCCACCUGCCAGUCUCUGUGACUCUCACAUCCUUCCGUGCAUGCGUCUCCCUCGCUCCCUUCUUCUCCUCCAGACGGGGAGAGGUGGAGGCAGGUCUAUGUGCAAGGACCUGGCUUCUUUGCUGCUGGGACCAGCCCUGCAGGAGCCGUGUGGACCCAGCUCUGGACACUGACCCUGCCUUCAGAGUGGCCUGCGCUGCACCUCAGCCCUGACUAUGAUGGACCUGAAAGUGGACGAGGAGGAGGUGGAGAAUGGCCAUCCAGUCAGCAUCCAGGCCUUUGCCAGCAGCUCCACGCUGCACGGCCUGUCCCACAUCAUCUCCUACGAGAGGCUCUCCUUCAAGCGCAUCAUGUGGACUCUCUGCUUCCUGGGCUCUGUGGCCCUGCUGGCCUACGUCUGCACGGAGAGGAUCCAGUACUACUUCCUCUACCCACACGUCACCAAGCUGGAUGAAGUGGCCACAACCAGGCUGACCUUCCCCGCUGUCACCUUCUGCAACCUCAAUGAAUUCCGCUUCAGCCGGGUGACAAAGAACGACCUGUACCACGCUGGGGAGCUCCUCGCCCUGCUCAAUAACAGGUAUGAGAUCCCAGACACCCAGAUGGCUGAUGAGAAGCAGCUGGAGAUCCUACAAGAUAAGGCCAACUUCCGGAACUUCAAGCCAAAGCCCUUCAACAUGCUGGAGUUUUAUGAUCGUGCUGGGCAUGAUAUCCGGGAGAUGCUGCUGUCUUGCUUCUUCCGUGGAGAGGAAUGCAACCCAGAGGACUUCAAAGUGGUCUUCACACGCUACGGCAAGUGCUACACGUUCAACUCCGGACAGGACGGGAAGCCCCGGCUCAUCACCAUGAAGGGCGGCACCGGCAAUGGCCUGGAGAUCAUGCUGGACAUCCAGCAGGAUGAGUACCUCCCUGUCUGGGGGGAGACAGAUGAGACCUCCUUCGAAGCCGGGAUCAAAGUUCAGAUUCACAGCCAGGAUGAGCCUCCCUUAAUUGACCAGCUGGGCUUUGGUGUGGCCCCUGGAUUCCAGACCUUUGUGUCCUGCCAGGAGCAGCGGCUGAUCUACCUGCCCCCACCCUGGGGUGACUGCCAGUCCAUCACCAAGGACUCCGAGUUCUACGACACCUACAGCAUCGCAGCCUGUCGCAUCGACUGUGAGACCCGCUACCUGGUGGAGAACUGCAACUGCCGUAUGGUGCACAUGCGAGGCGACGCCCCCUACUGCACCCCCGAGCAGUACAAGGAAUGCGCAGACCCGGCUUUAGAUUUCCUGCUGGAAAAGGACAAUGAUUACUGCAUCUGUGAGAUGCCCUGCAAUGUCACUCGCUUUGGCAAGGAGCUGUCCAUGGUGAAAAUCCCCAGCAAGGCCUCAGCCAAGUACCUGGCCAAGAAGUACAACAAGUCGGAACAAUACAUCGGGGAGAACUUCCUGGUGCUGGAUAUCUUCUUUGAAGCCCUGAACUAUGAGACGAUUGAGCAGAAGAAGGCCUAUGAGGUGGCUGGCUUGCUGGGCGACAUCGGCGGGCAGAUGGGGCUGUUCAUCGGGGCCAGCAUCCUGACCGUGCUGGAGCUCUUCGAUUAUGCUUAUGAGGUGAUAAAGUACAAGCUGUGUCGCCGGCCCAAGUGCCAAAAGAACCACAAAAGGAACAACACAGACAAGGGCGUCACCCUGAGCAUGGAUGAUGUGAAACGCCAUAACCCCUGCGAGAGCCUAAGGGGCCACCCAGCUGGCAUGACGUAUGCAGCCAACAUCCUACCUCACCACCCGGCCCGGGGCACGUUUGAGGACUUCACCUGCUAACUGACAUCUGGAUGUACGACGGACGCUACCAAAGCCCUCCUGAGCAUGGCCCCUGUCCCUGGGGGGCGCCCACGGACGGGACACACCUAGGGGCCCUUGCUCCUCACCAAGUGGGACAUUAACAAGAGCGAAGGCCUCAGGUUUAGGGCCAGGUGGCAGGCGGUUGGGUUGGUUUCUGACCCUGGAUACAGACUCGGCGCCAGCUGCUCUCCCCUCCGCCCCAUAGUUUAGAGAGUCUUGGACAUUCCGGUCCCACCAGCCCCCUGCGGCGCUGACGCUGCAGCCUGCGCAGGAUCUCCACACAGACCAGGCUGGGCCACAGGACCUGCCCUGCUCCUCCUCGGCUCCUCAAUUUGUUUUUAACUCCAAAGAGAAAGAACCCCAGAAGAAUCCGCCCUCCAGCUGCCAUCCCAUGUGGGGAGUCGGCCCACUCCCCAGUUCCACAUUCCUGCCCUUGUACCUGCUUUCCAUGGCUCUCCCAUGGCCACACUUUGGACUGGGAGCCUCCUGGUGCUGAGCUCCAGCCAACUCUGCAGAGCAGAGGGGUCUGUUAGUGCUGGAGCAUCACCUCCAGUGGCAAGGGCUCCCAGUUCCUGUCCUGAGCAAGGGGCCCCACUGCUCAUGUUUGCCUGGGUCCCUCUCAGCACGUCACCCCAGCGUGGAUGGGAGAUGCUAACAGACCUGGAUCCCAUGAGCCCGGCAGCCAAUUCAGCAGCCACAGUCUUGCUUUGGUCUUGGUCCCCGCGGCCCCUGGUACUGAGUGCUGAGCAUGAUGGUCCCUGGGAACCUUCCCUGGCUGAGGGUUCAGCUAAAGGGCAGCUGCCCUCAAGUCUCCCCAG